AUCCAGAGUGGGCGAGCUAAACAGAGGUCCGUGUGAUUGAGGAUUUCCUCGGGCAGGCAGGAUCCGCACGGUCACCCGCCCUGUGAGCAAUGGUACAUAGACCAGCGAAAAAACACAGAUUUCUCCAUCAUGGCUUCAUUAUUGGAACGUUUGAAUUUCCUACAAAAAGUGCCAACACUUAUGCGGGCAACAUCAGAUGACGAAUCGCCUUGUCCCGGCUAUCUUUUUGAGGAAAUCGGCAAAAUUUCCCAUGAGUCAGUGGGUUGCUGCCAGUGUCUUCUCGAGUACCUCUUGGAGAGACUACAGGUGGACUCCUGCUACGUCAAACUUAAGGUCCUGAAGAUUCUCCUGCAUUUAUGUGGCCAUGGACCACCUCACUUCCUCACAGAGCUACGGCGGAAUGCUACAUUUAUACAGGAAGUAAUAGUCUACAGCGGCCCCCCGGACCCCAUCCAUGGAAGUGCUCUUUUUCAGAAAGUCAGAAGCUCGGCACAGGAGUUGGCUAGCCUACUAUUUAAUGAUACCAUGUCCUCAGAUUCUGGACUUUCUCAACACAAAAAACUGACACAAUCUGUGGGAAUGGGCUCAGAGUCGCACAGGUCUGGCAUGCAGGGGUUUGGAUACAGCCCAGGAAGGAAAGAGUCCAGUGGAGGGACUCUACUGGACAAGAUUCAGAAAGCUGCCGAGGUGGUUGCCAGCGCUGUCCUUCCUCCAACGGAGCAUCCUGGCAUCCGUCUCCACGAUAACCACUACCACGCUGUGGUGGCGCCCUCUGCUACUGUGGAGAUGGCAGUGCCAGCGUGUGCCUACAACAUCCCAUCCCACGGCCACAGAACAUCCCACAGGUCUCCAGGGCAUGCUGGUGGAGGCUGGGAGGAAACGGACAGUGGGCACAGCUCGUCCCAGGAGACUGCGGAAGCCAGUCAAGCCUCGCUUGGAAGAAGCAGUAAGUCGGGCAGCCACUCCGGGGCGAGUCGGGAGUGUGGUGACCUAUCGGAACGUGUGGAGGCCAUUCAGUUGGGGGACUGUGGUCAGGAGACGGCGCUUAUCAACCGACUGACCAAUGGAUCUAAAGUCUUCCUGUCCAGAGAAGAGAGCCAAUACUUCAUCAAAGAAUGCUCAACUCUCAACUGUGAGGUGGUUGUUGAACUUCUCUGUCGCAGACUUCAGGACCACACACAAAUCAUCCAGAUGAGAGCGUUGUGUGCUCUGGCCUGCCUGAUGUCUUCAGACUUCCUCUCUCUAGAUCAUAUUUUCAAUAUCACACACAAACGCCUCGAACAACUUAGUGACGGAACCGCAGGCCCUGUCGCCAACAAGGCAACCAAGCUCCUAAGGCAGUUUGAGGCCUUGCUUGAUUGCGUCACAAAUCCCAGGUGUGACCAUCCUGGGCGUCCAACCUUCGCCAGCUCUUCACUUUCAGACCAGCCCUCCGAAUCUAUGACCGUCCCCUUUGUUCCAGGACAACUUGGAGAAAUCACAACCUCAGUUAUCCCAUCAGAGGAGACCCCAUCUACACAAUACCCACAGCGUAACAGCGCUACACCUGGGUCUGAUAUGACAAGAGAGCAAGAAGAGGGGAGAACCAGAAACACGAACACCUCCAAGAUCUCAGAACCACUCAGACUGUCGCUCUUCAGUGGAAUGGAGCUAGUGAACAGAAGCAAACCUGUGUGUUUGGUUGAGCCUGUUCCUGUCGAGUCAGACGCCCAGACAAGUGUAGAAGCCACUACAGGCAUAGACUGUGCGAGUGAGAAAAGCUGUGAGAGAACUACAGGCUCACCCACAUCAAGUGAGCAAGUGUCUGCCUUCUCCUUUCUUAAUCUCUGAUGCCAACUUUCAUCUACGGUUUCAUCUAACCUUCCAUUCAGGUUCACGUGAUUCAGCCUAUGAGUGAUUUCUUCUUGCACAGAAUCAGCUUUGCAUUGAAAGACAUUUUUGAAUGGAAUGGUUAACAACCUUGUGAUAUUAAGAAUAAUAAUAAGUGACUACAUUUACAUGCACAAUCAAAUAAUAGUCUGCAGUAACGUGAACGCCAUGACCCGAUUAGACCAAUAUUCUGGUGGUUUCCAGAAAUCUGAAGAGCCGAUGCUUGUAUUAAACAUAAUUUUGAGUCACUUAAACACCUUGUUAGGAAAAGCAAUUUUUUUAAACAGAAACGCUAAAAUAAGGAACUUACCGACCCCAAAUUUUUGAGAGUUAGUGUACAUAUUGCAUGUCAAUGUGCUCUUGAUGAGUUGAUGUCAAUAUGCUGAAUUACUAAGAAAAAAAUCCAGUAUUUCCACCAGAGAGUAGCAGAAAAAAACAUGCAUGUCUUUGUUUAUAAGCCGACUACAUGGAUACAGGAAUAGUCUAGUUGCUGUCAAGGAUUUCUUGUGCAUGUGAAUGUGGUUACUGACUUAACCAGUGCUUAUGGAGAUAACAUGCAAUUGCAACUGCAACGUACUCUUUACGCACCGUCUAAAUGCUGCUAGAGGUUCACAUUAAGGCUGGGAAAAAUCUUCAUGAUCAGUAUGGUAAGUCUCUUCAAAUCAUUCUGAAUUCUUUGCGAUGCUUUUGAGAAAUAACUCAGGACACUUUUCAGUUGAGGUGUUUAACACGAGUGUUACUGAAAUGAUUGCUACUAUUUGCACUAGUCUUUCCUCUUACUAAAAGCACUUAUUGUGUGCAUUAUAAAACACGGUAAGAACAAACAUUAACACCUACAUAGUCAAGUUUGAUCAGAAUACAUCCUGCCAAACCAUUGUCUACCUUGUGUGCACUGCAAAUAUAUAAAGAAUUAUCUUGUGUGAAAAUGUUACAGCAACUUAUAAAACUAAAGCCAUGAGUUUUGAAAGGCAGGUUUGAAUACAAAUGUCCAUUCGGAGACUGAAACGGGAAUAAAAAAAAACGAUACAUGUAAUUAGAAAAAGUCUUUAUUUAAUUUACAUCAGAGGAAGAAUUCAUAAAAUAACAAUGAUUUCAAAUAUUGUAUAUAUGCUAGCUAUGCAUUAUGUACAGUCCUACAUACAAAACAAUGGUGACUGCAGGGACGAUUUUCAUCAUCGAAAGCUAAUAGUCUUUCACACAAAGCACAGUGCCUGGGUUGUACAGUAUUGUGUGCACUGAGUAGUUGAAAGUGUAGAGAUCACCUGCUUGAAAUGAUGUAAGCAUCCUCAUACAACUGUUUGGACUAAGCUGAAGUUUAGUUGAGGAUGUGUAUCUAAAAAGGACUGAACUAUACUUGUGCAUACUAAAUUUAGGAACACUACCAUUCCAGUUUGUUUUCUCAUUCUGAAAAUGAAUCAAGCCAUCAUAUAUAUUGGUAUAUUAACAUUUUAUGGUAAAAUAUUUAGGAUUUUGUGGUGAUAUGACACUGUUGAGUGCUUAGUUAGGUGCAAGCUAAUUUUAGGUCUGCCUGUAGAAGACUAGUCCUCGUAUUACAUUGAGUGAAUGAUCUAAACUAGCGCAGUUUUAAUGCUCUGAUCAAUUUAAAAUUUAAUCAUGGCUUUCAAUUUGCAGUCACUGGAUUUAAACACUAAUUCGCCUGUCAGUUGGCUUACACCUUCUCUAAGAGUACUUCAGUAUGUACAUUAGCAGACCUGAGUCUAGCAUGCAUUUUCAGAAUAGUCUCUCUACAGUGUGAUGUGCUAGUAUGCGUUUCCUCGUCUAAGGUAAAGGUAAAGAGAUUUUAUUUAUUUUUUUAAAUCGACAAAUCUGGUAACAAGUUCCUCAUUUGAAGUCUCAACCUUCAUGGCACACAGGGAGAAAUCCUCUAGACCUGAGUUUUGGAUAUGUAAGCAAUCAUCAAGCCUUCCCCCCUCCAAAAAAAAAAAAAAAAAACUUCCUGAAAGAGUCCAAACCGGCAUCUUCUGUAAACAACAGCAUUAUAUUGAUCAUCCUGGAAUGACUCCAAAGCAGGGGAUAUGCAAAUAUAAUCACAUGGUUUACCUCAGCUCCUAAAUAAAGGACAUUAUUUUAUUUAUUUUUCCUUAUCUAGACCAACCAAAGAGUGUCAAAAGUGGCCAAAUGCAUGUGUCUGAGUAAAACAUGACCCAGAACCGCAGUAGCACCAUGUGUGAGUGUCUCGUAAAGGGGAAAAGCUUACAAGAACUUGAUGUUGUUGUUUUUUUCAAGAUAGUUCUUUUAUAUAGCACCUAUGUGAAGUUCAUGGUCAACACAUCAAGUAGAGCCCCACAUAAACAC